AUGAAUCCAGGGGAGAAGGAACAAGAACACCAUGCCGCCCAUCCCAAUCUACUCGGCAAGCCCCGUCAGCGCCUCCAAGCCCGAUGGGGUGACCCCAAGACCGCCGCGCCUGCCGAGCAGGCGUCGCCCUACGCCCCGGCCACCACGACCCAGGCCGCGCCUCCCACCGGCACCUCGGGCUAUCCCGCGCCGCAGCCGGGAGCCAGGCCACCCCAACCUACCUCAGCACCCUCGCCUACACCCACGCGGACCACGUCCAAGUACGCCCCCGCCACCACGACCGCGGCCUUUGACAGCAACAGCAGUCCGCCCCCGCCCCAGCCCGGCGCUGUCCCCGUGCCACCGGGCAGGACCUCGGCAUUGCCCCCUCCGCCCCGGGCCGGAGAAUGGCCAUUCCCCGCCGACCCAGUCAUACGCGGCGCAGGGCGGCUCGUCCACCACGACCGCCGCGCUGCCCCAAGGGCCCCGCCCGACAACUCUAGACGGCGCACCCAGCCAGGGCUACCAUCCGCUAGGGUACAACCCCCGGGACCGUCCGCGCACCCAUCCCCGUACGCCGGUGCCUACAACGGCGGCGGAGGCGGCCACCACGCCACCGGUGCUGGAGACGGCGAAGACGACGAUGGCGUGUGGGGUGCGGCGAAGAGAUGGGCGCAAGCAGCGGGUGGACGCUUGGCUGAGGCGGAGGGCGAGGUAUGGCGACGCAUCAACAAGGGCUAG